AUGUCGCUCAUAAGGUUGGAGAAGCGACCAGGGCACAGGACCAAAAAUGACAAAACUACAAUCGCGCUCAUCACAAACCUCUUCCGACUGAAGUUUUGCAAUGAGGAUGAUAUGUUCAGACAGUUUCGCAAGUAUAACGUGGAGAUCGGUGAACUGAAGCAAGCUAAACCAAAGAGAGACCAGAAUUACGCUCCGAAACCAAAACUACUCCCGUUUAAAACAAGAGAGGAGCGUCGGCUGGCUUUUUGGUAUAUCGUCUCGCGUCGAACUGAUGUCUUCAAAAAUGUCUUUAAUAUAAUUUACGAUGACUUCAAGUUUUUCUGGGCUGCUGACUCAAUUCGACCACCCAAUUUGAGAGAUCCUGAAAUGGAUAUGCUCGACUAUAAAACCAAAGAAAAUAUUCCCUCGGAGUUACUAUGGCCGGAAAAACCUGAAGAAAUGACACGGGACAAAGAGAUUACUAUCUACAUGCACGUUACAUCAAGUGCCAUUGAAAAUGGAACACCACUGCGGGUGAUGCUUGGAGCACGAAAAGGGUUCUCCGCGAGUGAUCGAGAAGGAGUUGAAGCUAGCACUUUUGGGAAAGCUCUAUUCAUACAGAAGUUUCGAUUUCCCAUUCAUGUUUGUGCACCGGGCUCAUUUUCGCCUGCAGCAAACAAUUCACCCGAUUUCAUUACUCUUUUCAAGAAAAUGUCUGAUACCUUCACCGCUUACAAGAAUAGUGUUUACAAAAUUCCACGCGAUCCUUCGAAGUACCCAGGCUACGAUCGCCCGAUAGCCCCCGCUGUUCAUGCCUGGAUUGGUCUAUAUGCGAGUCUCAAACAUAUGGAGGAUUAUCACCCCGUGAUGAACUUUGGGCUUGUCAACCAACUCUUUCGCGACCUUGAUAUGAAUCUCGUUAUGUAUUAUCUUAAGGUUAUCAACGAAUUCAAUGGAUUGAGCGACGGGGCUCUUGAAAAUGAAAUUAGGGAAAGGCGUUUAUCGAUGAGCGAAGAUCAACGAAAAAAAUUUUCCGCAACUUUGAAAGAUACCAGAGUAAAAGGGAAGCCAGUGUUGGUGUUUGACAGACAUAGUGCGCGACAUGGAGAGAUUAGAUGGGAUUUGGUCACGCGACACUACAAAUUCCUUGGUCUGAUUGAGCAUAAUCCAUUCGCGGCGUCUCCAAAUGAACCCACACCCCCUUAUGUGCAACGCCCAGGGCCGCCUAUUGAAUGGGAAAUUGAGCCUGCCGUAUUUGGGCCUACAGCUAACAUUAUGCGAGUUCCCUGCGGGAAGAGGAUUGAAAUGUCACUGGCGCGGCUUUAUUCAGACUUUGGACACCCCCUAGAUUUUCCUGAUCUUCCUUUGGCUGAAGUUCAAGUUGCAGCAGGGCGAAAGAAUCUUGUUCCCGUUGAAUUACUGUUUACUCAUGACACUCCACAAGCUUAUACAAAGAUGCUCAGUUUUGAAAUGAAGAAUCGUUUUAUUCGAGUUUGUACGCGUCCGGCAAUUCAAAUGAAAGAUCCAGGAGAGAACAGGAUGCCCGUUAGCCACAAGCAGUUCACCGAAAGCAUCAAGAGAUCAAUGAAGUUUGCCCAUCCAGACUCCUCGAGCGAUGAACAAUUGGUGGACCCGUUUCUCGCCGAAUUUGGGACUUAUGUUGACCCGGAGAAUGUCGAAUGUGAAGGACAAAUUCUCGAAGCACCUAUUAUCAAAUCAAGUGAUGGAGAAAUACCACCGCUUGCAAGGGAACACCGUGGUUUCAGCUUGAUAAAAUUCCUAGAAGUUCCACCGAAGAAAGUCUAUUUCUCGCUGAUGACUAUGUGGGACCAGGCUCCAUCUGCAUCAGAUCGGGGCCCUUCUACUGAUAAUACUGAACCGGUGCAACCCGUUGAGGAUGUCAAACAGUUCUACAAAAAUCUUGCAAAAGUUUGUCGAGACCGCGGGAUUCAAGUUGAUACAGGACCACCUUUAUGGACCGAAUGGGAAGUGCAUACGGAGGAAUAUCAACGAGAACUCCCGAUGAAAAUUAGAGAGAUUAAGGCCGAUUUCGAUGAGAUAAAACGCGAGGACAAGGACGCACAAACUUUGUUGAUUUGCAUCUCUAAACGAAAGCUUGAUCUCUACGGAUAUAUGAAAGCUGAAAUGAAUAGACAAGAGGUCGUAUCUCAAGUUAUCGAUUGUGACACCGUUCGGAAAGCUAUACACAAGGGAGAAGAGGGCAUUUAUUGGCAUCUCAGUAUGAAAAUCAACGCGAAAUUAGGAGGUGUUACACAUGCUUUGAGUGCAGCAGAAGGUUUUGGGCAACCACGGUGUCGAAUUGGUGACCCAGCUUUAUGCUUCUUGAAAGAGCCAACGAUUUUCUUAGGUAUUGAUGUGACUCAUCCAACUGCACAUUGUGGCUACGAGGGUUUGAGCAUUGCAAGCAUUGUCGCAAAUUAUGAUAUAGCUGCUACGAGAUAUUCCUGUGAAAUUAUUCCCCAAGUUGCUGCCAAAGAAACGAUCGUCAAUUUCGACGACAAUCGCUUUGCUCUAACGAUCACGAAAUUUGUUGAGUACACUGGCAAACACCCCAAGCAUAUUGUCAUUCUGCGAGAUGGUGUUAGUGAAGGUGAACUUCAAAAUACAGCCUCUAAAGAGUUGAUGUGGAUCGAGAAAGCUUUGAAAAAUCACUUCUCCGAGACAUCGAUCACCCUCACUUAUGUGUGCGUUCAGAAGAGACACUUUGUGAGAGUUUACCCAAAAUACAAGGAUAACGCCGAUGGUGAGGCCGGUAAUGUGCCUGCUGGUACACUCGUUGACAGUGUAAUUGUUCAUCCAGAACUCUAUGAUUUCUACUUAGCGAGUCACUACGGACAGAUUGGGACAACGCGCCCUGCUCGCUACAUCGUUCUAUACGAUUCGUGGAAGUUGGGAGUCGAUCAAAUGACGGAUAUGAUGCACAACCUAUGCUACUUGUACUCUCGUUGUGCUCAUCCCGUCUCGUUACCUACACCGCUCUACUAUGCCCACCUCGUGUGUGAACAAGCAAAAGAGAUGUACAAGGGAUUUGUGAAGUCUGGCGCGCUGGAUUCAAGAACUGCAGACUAUAUGCGAGAAACAAAUCCGAACAAGGAGUUCGAACAAAUGCAGAAGAUUCAGAAAUUCCUCAAAUAUACAACGCCCGGAAUGCCUUGGUUG